AAGAAAGAAAGAAAAAAAGGUUAGAGAGAAAAUGAUUUGUUUGGUUAAUUAUAGUAUAAAAAGACUUAACGAUCUGACCCAAUGAAGGCCCAUUAGUUUGAUUCAACAGGGCCCAUUGGUAAGUUUUCUGGAGGUUUUGACCUCCCUUUAUAUAUUUGACAGGAGAGAGCUCUUCUUCUCUCGCCUUUGAACCCGAACGCCUGAAGCUGAAAUCGAGAAAAAAAAUGGAGAUUACGGAGAGGAGGCACGAUGAGAUCAUGGACAAUGUCAAGUCGCAGUAUGUUUCCGAUGAACGCCACUCUCGCGAGCUCAAAGCUGGUCUGCAUCCUCUACGGUACAAGUUUGCGAUUUGGUACACCCGUCGGACACCAGGGGUCAGGAACCAGACAUCUUACGAGGAUAUCAUUAAGAAGAUUGUUGAAUUCAGCACUGUUGAAGGGUUUUGGGCCUGCUACUGUCACCUUGCUCGUUCUUCUCUCUUGCCUAGUCCAACAGAUCUUCAUUUCUUUAAGAAUGGGAUUCGCCCCUUGUGGGAGCUAUAUUCAUUUCAAUCAGGAUGGUGCCAACUGCAAUGGUGGAAAGUGGAUCAUACGUUUCUCCAAAGUUCUAUCUUCUCGUUUCUGGGAGGAUCUGGUCAGUUUGUUCUCCCUUUCAUUCGACAGAACCUUAGCUGUCUAUUUUUCAUACUUAGAGUCGAGUUCUUUUUUUUAUUUUUCAAUCUGGAAGUCAUGUUAGAUACCCUUCCAUUGAUUUGUAUUUUCCUCAGCUUCUUGCGUUGGUAGGGGACCAGCUUGAUGAUGCGGAUAACAUCUGUGGCGCAGUACUGAGUGUCCGCUUCAGUGAGGACAUCAUUAGUGUGUGGAAUCGCAAUGCUUCUGAUCAUCAGGUGAGAUUACUAUUCACAAGGUCUCUAGCUAGCUCGCUCCCUUCUUUUGUUUUGUACUAAUGUACACAUUUGAAAAACUGAGUGUGGCUCUGCUGCCGAUAGUUCAUUGAUAUCCAAAACUAUAGUUUAGGAUCCACAGCUGCUUGAAGUCCGAUAAUACCUGGGUCAACAUCAAAAUCUAGAGUGAGUUACUUGACACACUGGAAAAAAAGAGAAUAAUGGUGUUGCUCUGUUUUUCCAAAAGGU